UUAAGGUAAUAUGUGUUUUAGCGGAGUUCCAGACGACCUAAAUGAAGUAGAGACCAAAGCGACUAGCUAACAAUCGCCCGAAAUGACUUACACAGGGGGUCAAUUGGGUGCAGAUAAAAUGAACAAAUUUAGGCAUUUCGUCGGAUGGCUGACCCAGUCCCGCUCUAUAUCGCACACGAAUCCCAAGGAGCAGAUUCUCAACUUCCUUACCUAUGGCCUGCUAGUAAUUGUAGCCCUCUGCGCCGGAUUUCUGCUGUGGGACCUCUCCAACAGCCCCCACGAUGGAUUCUUCCAUGGGAAAAGGGAAUCCCACACUCUAGUACUAGACCUGGGAAACAUUCAGGAGGUGCCCAUCAACCCAGAGGCCGAGCAGCGAGCGCGGAACGUAAACUGCACUUUUUGGGAUUGCCUGAACAUCUACAAAUGCGAGCACGACCGCCUCAAGGUCUACAUAUAUCCGCUGCAGGAUUUUGUGGACGAACGCAGCGACAAGGUGGCUACCACUCUCUCCAGCGAGUACUUCCAGAUCCUCGAGGCAGUCCUAAAGAGCCGAUACUACACCUCGAAUCCCAACGAAGCGUGCCUUUUUCUACCCAGCUUGGAUUUGCUCAAUCAGAACAUUUUCGACAAGCACUUGGCCGGUGCUGCAUUGGCAUCCUUGGACUUCUGGGAUCGCGGAGCUAACCACAUCAUCUUCAACAUGUUACCCGGUGCAGCCCCAUCGUACAACACAGUUUUGGACGUGAACACGGAUAAUGCAAUUAUUUUUGGCGGCGGAUUCGACUCCUGGUCAUAUCGUCCAGGCUUCGACGUGUCCAUUCCCGUAUGGAGUCCGCGCCUGGUGCCGCAACAUGCUCAUGCAACCGCACAGAGGAGAUUCCUUCUGAUGGUGGCGCAGCUCAACAUACUGCCCCGCUUUCUAAGAACCCUUCGAGAGCUGGCUUUGGCCCACAAUGACCAGUUAUUGCUCCUUGGAGUCUGCGAGAACUUGGAUCUGACUUCUAGAUGCCCAGUAUCCCAGCACCACAAGUCGCUCGAGUAUCCAAGGCUGCUGUCUCGCGGUAAAUUCUGUUUGAUCACCAAAAGCCUUCGAUUGGGUCAGCCGGAUUUGGUGGAGAUUCUAUCUCAGCAUUGCAUUCCGGUAAUUGCUGUGGACAACUAUAUAAUGCCCUUCGAGGACGUUAUCGAUUGGUCCCUUGCCUCUGUGCGUAUUCGGGAAUCUGAGCUGCAUUCCGUGAUGCAAAAGCUCCAAGCUGUUUCAAAUACAAAGAUUGUGGAAAUGCAGAAGCAGGUCCAGUGGCUGUUCUCCAAAUACUUCAAGGACUUGAAAACUGUGACACUGACUGCUUUAGAGAUCCUAGAGAGUCGCAUCUUUCCCUUGCGGGCUCGCAGCAGUCGAAAGUGGAACGUCAUUGACACGAAUGCCCGCUCCACCUUUAAUCCACUCUUCUUGCCCACCUUGGCUCCCAAAUCCCAGGGAUUUACGGCAGUCAUCCUUACAUACGACCGGGUGGAGAGCCUGUUCUUGCUAAUCCAGAAGUUGUCUGUGGUUCCGUCGCUGCAAAGUAUCUUGGUCGUUUGGAACAAUCAGAAAAAGUCUCCUCCCCACUUAUCUACGUUUCCUUCCAUCUCCAAGCCUUUGAAGAUCCGUCAAACCAAGGAGAACAAGCUCUCCAACCGGUUUUAUCCUUAUCCGGAGAUAGAAACGGAAGCCAUACUAACCAUUGAUGAUGACAUCAUAAUGCUCACCACGGACGAGCUGGAUUUCGGUUACGAGGUUUGGCGCGAGUUUCCCGACCACAUUGUAGGCUUUCCGAGCCGCAUUCACGUCUGGGACAACAAUACCAUGCGCUGGCACUACGAAUCCGAGUGGACAAACCAAAUAUCCAUGGUGCUAACAGGCGCUGCCUUCCAUCACAAGUUCUGGAGUCACAUGUACACCCAUGCAAUGCCGGGCGACAUCAAGGACUGGGUGGAUGAGCAUAUGAACUGCGAGGACAUUGCCAUGAACUUUCUAGUGGCCAACAUCACGAACAAUCCCCCCAUCAAGGUUACCCCAAGGAAGAAAUUCAAGUGCCCUGAGUGCACCAAUACAGAGAUGCUGUCCGCCGAUUUGAAUCACAUGCGAGAGCGUUCGGCCUGCAUCGAUCGCUUCUCCAAAAUCUACGGACGCAUGCCAUUACGCACAGUAGAGUUCAGGGCGGACCCCGUACUCUUCCGGGACAAUUUCCCAGAUAAGUUGAAGCGCUACAACGAUAUAGGCAGCUUGUAGGCCGGCACCAUUCCAUUGGAAUUAGGAGAUAUACCAAAGACUUGGAAUAGCGUUCAACUUCAGUAGGAAGACCGACUUUGUUGUCGAAUAUUUACUCGGAAUUCUGGUUGCAAUAUGAAGAACAUAUCUCUAGGCUAUGUUUAGCCAAUUAUGCUAGAUCUCAGUCUGCAUCUAUAUAUCUAUAACCAGAGAGUGGAUUCUGUUUAUAAAGACGCUUUGUCGUCUUCGGAAAUUGAUGCUCUUUGUAGACAAAAUUAAGUUGGAUUGAAUUGGCGUUUAUGGGUUGACUGUUAAAUUAAUUUAUUUAUAAGUUCGCUCUCUCUUAGACCGUAGUUAUUAAAUAGAAUUCGGGAACGCUGCAUGUAAUUGAAAUUACGCAAACAUUAAAAGUUUAUAUUACCAAAAAA